CGCGGCCAAUCGCAACCGUAGAGGCAGCUCGUCCGGAUACGGUGCCGGGUGCGAUGCUGUGAGGAGGCAGAGUCGAACGGCGUCGAUGGUGGCCGAGAUAACGAGCGUCGCCGUGCCGCUGCGGCUUGUGAUCAAGUUGCGCACGUACGAUCUCUCGUGGAAUGCGUCCUUGCCCGCCGAGUCGCUCCUCGACAUGGCACGCGACCUCACCGAGCAGCAGAUGACGCUCGAUGGGCUCUUCAAUGCGACCCAAGGCCGCGAGGUCGACUUGACGGCGCCGCUGGGACAGUCGGUGGCGCCCAACGACGUCGUCGAGGCCAAGAGCUUCCUCGACAUGCCAGACGAUUCGUACAGUACGCUGCCUUGGUUCGCCGCGACCACGUCCCAAGAUGGUCUCUUCUACCAGCAGCUUUGCGCCAUGGCGAUCGUCGGGAAGCGCGAGAACCGACGCGUCGCCAAAGAAAUGCGUCAGCGCGCCAAGGACACGGACCAGCUCCUGUCGCUGAUGGCGCUCUACUUCCAAACGUCGCCGGACCAGCCCAACGUGGCAGUCAUCGAGGACCGACCGCGGGUCGUACGGGCGCGCCGGGCGUUGUCAUCGUCGGCACCUGUCGCACCGCCGUCGCCAAUCGUCGCGUCGAUCGUCGCACGGUCCCCGCCGCGGUCGCCCGACGUUAGCGCGUUUACCGACUCGGAUUCAGAGGACCCGCCGAUGGCAUCGCCGCCGCCUCGCGCGACGCCGCCUCCGCCCGUCAAGGUCACGACACCUGACGAUAUGUUUGACGUCGUCUUCACGCAAAAGGCCAUUGGCCUCAAACUCAUCAUGGACGAUACCAAGCGGUAUGCGAUCGUGCGCGAGUGCAUGGCUGGCUCCGAGGCCAAUCGAUACCCUGACAUUCGACCGGGCGUCGCCGUCGUGGCCGUCAACGGGCAGAGCGUACACGGCAUCGGACUCAACCGAACCCUCUCUCGGCUGCGAGAAGCGCCGCGGCCGGUGGUCGUCCGCUUUGGCCACGCCGCCAAGGCGAGCAGUGCGUCGUGGAGCGAUGUCUUGUAACUAGCGACCAAUCAAUAUACAUCAGCAGUGAACCGUCGU